AAUUUUCACACAUGAAUCACCUGUGAAUAUUUAUUUUAUAUAUAAACGAAUCAGUUUCUGUACAGUAUCAAAAUAUCAUUUGCUUUUAAUACGAAGAGUAGUAUUUGAGAAAGUAAAAAAUUAAAAUGAAAGUUUUCAUUGUGACUUGUUUCCUCUCUUGCGCUUUCAUGGCCUCAGCUUACCCACGAUUCAGUGGCGGUUUCUAUGGUGAAUCUGAAUUUGGGGCAGUUGACGGUGGAUUUAGUAGUCUGACUGGUGGACCAGGAUAUUUUGAUCUAUAUUCUGAUGGCGCUUAUGGUCAAAACUCAUUUCACAAUCAGCAACAAUUGUUUCAAGAACAAGCCCGAGCUGAUGCCUUAGCCGAAGCUCAAGCGAGAAGACAAGCUGAAGCCCAAGCUUUCACAGGUAGAGCUAAAACACUAGGAAAAGUUCAAACUAAAGCUUAAUCAAGAAUCAAGAAUCAAUUUAGUAUCAAGACAAAUUUAAUUAAUUGAUUUUAAUUUCACGAUUAUUUCGAAAAAUCAUUUUUCGAAAAUGUCUUACAAGGUAAAAAAAUGUACACGACUGACUAACUGAGUAAAAAACCCCUGAAACCUAACUGAAAAUUUCAAUAAACUGA